AAACCUCCAAGCUUGUUCUUUUCUUCGCCGUCCACAAACUUCAACCUCAACUUCUCUUCCUCUCUCUCUCUCUUUUCUUCCGCUUCUCCUUCUUCUGCCUCAACCGCUUCAGCCAUUGCGCGCCCUCUCGCACGUCUUCCCCAUCUCUACUCCUUCGUCUCCCCGUCCACAAUGUUCAGAAGUGCUCUACGGCAGUCGAGCCGCUCCGUGACGGCCGUCUCUGUCUCUGGCAGAGUCUCCGCUGUCCGAGCCGGUACUCCCAGCCCCUUGGCCGCUGUGUCCAAGCAAGUCAGAUCCUACGCCGCUGAGGCCAAGCCAGCUCCCACUGAGGUCUCCUCCAUCCUCGAGCAGAGAAUUCGUGGUGUCCAGGAGGAGGCUGGUCUCGCCGAGACUGGUCGUGUCCUUUCCGUCGGGUAAGUCGGACUGCUGUCCCCAGGCCAUUAAACCGGCUCAUUGGAUGGACACCUGCGUCCUUGGUUGAUACUGCUCGAUGAUGAUGAUGCUGACUUGCUGGUUGAUAGCGAUGGUAUCGCCCGUGUCCAUGGUAUGCACAACGUCCAGGCCGAGGAGCUUGUCGAGUAAGUCUCACUCUGAUAUACGAACAAUAAGCAAUAUCCUUUUUCCAUCAUCAGACUAACAGCAAUUGAAAGGUUCGCUUCUGGUGUCAAGGGAAUGUGCAUGAACUUGGAAGCUGGACAGGUCGGUGUCGUGCUUUUCGGUUCCGACCGUCUCGUCAAGGAGGGUGAGACCGUCAAGCGUACCGGAGAGAUUGUUGAUGUCCCAGUUGGUCCUGAGCUUUUGGGCCGUGUUGUUGAUGCCCUUGGUAACCCAAUUGAUGGAAAGGGCCCCAUCAAGUCUGCUGAGAAGCGCCGUGCCCAGGUCAAGGCCCCUGGUAUCUUGCCCCGAAAGUCCGUCAACCAGCCCGUCCAGACUGGUAUGAAGUGUGUCGACUCCAUGGUGCCAAUUGGUCGUGGCCAGCGUGAGUUGAUCAUUGGUGAUCGUCAGACUGGAAAGACUGCCGUCGCUCUUGACACCAUGCUCAACCAGAAGCGAUGGAACUCCUCCAACGACGAGACCAAGAAGCUCUACUGUGUCUACGUUGCCGUUGGCCAGAAGCGAUCCACCGUCGCUCAGCUCGUCAAGACCCUUGAGGAGAACGACGCCAUGAAGUACUCCAUUGUCGUUGCUGCUACUGCCUCUGAGGCCGCUCCUCUGCAGUACAUUGCUCCUUUCACCGGUUGUGCCAUGGGUGAGUGGUUCCGUGACAACGGCCGCCACGCUCUCAUCAUCUACGACGAUCUCUCCAAGCAGGCCGUUGCCUACCGUCAGAUGUCCCUUUUGCUUCGUCGUCCCCCAGGUCGUGAGGCUUACCCCGGAGACGUCUUCUACCUCCACUCUCGUCUUCUCGAGCGUGCUGCCAAGCUGAACGACACCCACAAGGGUGGCUCUCUCACUGCCCUUCCUGUCAUCGAGACCCAGGGUGGUGAUGUGUCCGCUUAUAUCCCAACCAACGUCAUUUCCAUCACUGACGGCCAGAUCUUCUUGGAGUCCGAACUUUUCUACAAGGGUAUCCGACCAGCCAUUAACGUCGGUCUUUCCGUCUCCCGUGUCGGUUCCGCUGCUCAGCUCAAGGCCAUGAAGCAAGUCGCUGGUUCCCUCAAGCUCUUCUUGGCCCAGUACCGUGAAGUCGCUGCCUUCGCCCAGUUCGGUUCUGAUCUCGACGCCUCCACCAAGCAGACCCUCAACCGUGGUCUCCGUCUCACCGAGCUUCUCAAGCAGAAGCAGUACCAACCCAUGGCCGUCAACGAGAUGGUUCCACUCAUCUUCGCUGGUGUCAACGGUCUCCUCGACAACAUCCCUGUCGAGAAGAUCCUCGCCUGGGAGGCUGACUUCCUCGCCCACCUCCGCUCCAACGAACCCGAGAUUCUCGCCAAGAUCGACAAGGAGGGCCAGAUCAGCAAGGACCUCGAGGCCCAGAUCCGUGACUGCAUUGUCGCCUUCAACAAGAGCUUCUCUUAGAGUUAACCUGUACAACAAGACAAACAAACCGUCCAUGUGUGCGAUAUGAUGUGUGUGGGCAUGCAUAUGGCAUUUGGUCACCCCUCAGAUUCCCUUUCCGUUUUCCCUGACUCUAUGUAUAGAAAGAUAGCUUGUGUAAAAUCUCGAGAUCAGAAAACACUUAUCCCGCUCUAGUCAGAAAUUCCAUUUGUAAUUUUGCCGCUGUUCAUUUGGUUUCCCUGUUAUCCUGUAUUUCCUUUUGUCUUUCCUGUACAUUUUCUCCCAAGCCUGCUUGUACUAUCAAAUGUCAAUGAUAUAUACACCGGGAUUGAUUGAUGUCGCUCAUGGCUAUCGCGGCAAAGAGGACCAUUCUCCCUCUACCGAUAAAUAAACAUACCACCCCCGUCCAAUAAUAUCUACUAAAUCUAUAUUUAUCUCACAGGGCAUAUAAGAGUCAUCGUCAUUUUACUAUGCAAGUCG